AAUUAUAGUCACGUGAAUAUGAAACACAAUUUUACUCAUUUUGUCACAAAUCCUGACUAUAUACAAUUCCUCAUUCAUAACCCCCAACCCCCCUCAAAUUAGAAAAGAAACAAAAAAGAAUUUAAUAUUUUCUUUUGUGAUAUAGUGGUUAUAUAUAUAUAUUGAGAUCAUAAAUGCAUAAUUUUUCAAUUUGGGGUUGUGCACACAAACACAAAAACACAUAUUGGGUCCACAUCUUUAUUAAUAAUUCACUUUGAGAUUGUUUUUUUUAGGAGAAAAAAAAAGUUAAUCAGAGGAAAGAAAUCAUGUCUUCUUGGAAUUCAGUUCCACUCCAUAUCUCCUAUGAAGCCUUCGGUUGGUUUGCUUUUGUUUGCUGGUCGAUUAGUUUCUGGCCUCAAGUCAUCUUGAAUUUUCGCAGGAAAAGUGUGGUUGGGCUGAACUUUGAUUUCGUGGUGUUGAAUUUGACGAAGCACACAUCAUAUCUCAUAUAUAAUGCAUCUUUGUACUUUAGCUCAGCUAUUCAGAAGCAAUAUAGAGAUAAAUAUGGUCAGAAACAGAUGAUACCAGUAGCAGCAAAUGAUGUUGCUUUCUCAGUCCAUGCUGUUCUACUAACAGCAGUUUCCUUAUUCCAAAUUGCAAUCUAUGAUCGUGGAAGCCAAAAAGUAUCUAAAAUAGCUUAUGGAAUCGUAAUUGUUGCGUGGACAACUGCUACCGUGUGUUUUUUUGUGGCUUUGCACAAUCAUCAUUGGCUCUGGCUUCUCUCAAUCUUCACUAUCAUUCAAGUCUGUAUGACAGUCAUAAAAUAUAUUCCCCAGGCAGUGAUGAACUUUAUGAGAAAAAGUACUGAUGGAUGGAGCAUUGAGAAUAUUCUUCUGGACUUUUCUGGAGGGUUAGCUAACUAUGCACAAAUGGCUAUGCAAUCCAUUGAUCAAGGUUCUUGGGUGAACUUCUAUGGAAACAUAGGAAAACUACUCCUAUCCUUGGUGUCUGUAUUCUUUGACAUCCUCUUCAUGUGCCAACAUUAUGUUCUAUAUCCUGAAAAAAAACGUAAAUCAGAGGCAUCUCCUGAAGCCAAGACUUCUGAUUAUCCAUUGUCAGAGAAUGUAUAAGAUAUUAUGUUAUUACUUGUUUUAUAUAUUUAUAGGAUUGAACACACCAUUUGUAGUUGGUCAUUUUCCAAUACUGUUAGAAAGAAUGAAAAAGUUGUUUAAUUGGAAAAGUAGAGUUCAAAAGCAAGUAAAGUGGCAUUUAUAGGCCAAAUUAUGAAGUGAAUAGUUUCAAGUUCCCUAAAGCUGAGUAAUAAUGAGCAUAUUUUAGUGCAACAUUGAAAAGAGUCGUCGUUUAAUGUAAAAAGAUCGUUCAUAAGACGGUUGAUUUUUAAAUGUUAAA